AGAGUGGUCCUGAGAGUUUUGGAGGCAGCAGUGGUGGCCAAGAAGCGUUUCAGUGUGUACAUCACAGAGUCACAGCCUGACUUAUCGGGUAAGAAAAUGGCCAGAGCUCUCUACCACCUCAACGUCCCUGUCACCGUGGUCCUGGAUGCUGCUGUUGGUUAUAUCAUGGAGAAAGUGGAUCUUGUCAUAGUUGGUGCUGAAGGAGUUGUUGAAAAUGGGGGCAUUAUCAACAAGAUUGGAACCAACCAGAUGGCCGUGUGCGCCAAAGCCCAGAACAAGCCUUUUUAUGUCGUUGCAGAAAGUUUCAAGUUUGUACGACUC